AUGUCUGAAGAAGUUCGCCGGCAGCUGCGAUUGGGCCGAGGACGAAUCAGAAUUAUGAACAAGAUACUGAAGAAGUUGGAGAUCGAGCAUGAAGGAGGCACGCUGCCGGACCCCUGGAUCAAUUUUGACAUCAAACCCAUCGAGGCUGGGCGGAGGACAUGGUCGGCCUGGACGUUCACCACCUACUGGGUGCUUAUCAAUUCCAAUAUCUCCACGUACAUGACGGGCAGCUCGCUGAUUGCCCUCGGCUUGCACUGGUGGCAGGCCAUCAUCGCCAUCAUCAUCGGCAACCUACUGGCGACGCUCUUUGUUGUGCUCAACUCGCUGCCGGGUGCGUACUAUCAUCUCGGCUUCCCGGUCGUCAACAGAUAUGUAUGGGGCAUGUACGGUAGCCAGUUUGUCAUCUGGAACCGCAUCUUCCUGUCCAUAGGGAUAACUACUGCACAGUUCGUCAGCUACAUCGUCUUCAUGGUCAUCUCCCUACCGGUAGCAUACAUCCGCCCAUACAACCUGCGCAUGUUCUUCUACAUCUCCGCCUCCGUCAUCACCGUCUUUGAAUUCGUCCUGCUCAUCUGGGCGUUGACCACCAUGGGUCCCAAAGGGUUUGGCGACACCAUCUCAGGCGGUGGCUCGGGGGAGCCCGUCAAAGAUGCCGGCUGGCUUGUCGUGUUUGGUAUUAUCAGCACCAUCGGCGCCAUAUCCGCUGGCAUCCUUAACCAAAACGACUAUGCUAGGUUUGCAAGGAAGCCCAGAGACGCUAUCCUCGGGCAGGUCAUCAGCUUCCCGCUCUCCAGUAUCAUUUGCUCUGUCAUCGGCGUGCUGGUCACGGCCGCUACACAGGAGAGAUUCGGUGAAGCACACUGGGAUCUGCCCUCUCUCAUGGGAGCUAUCAUCGAUCACGGUGGAUCCAGAUCGAGAGCUGCUGCCUUCUUCGCUGGCGGUUCUCUUGUCAUCUCCCAGAUCGGCGUCAACAUCCCCGGAAACGCUCUCUCUGGAGGCUUUGACCUCGCGGCGACAUUCCCCAAAUACAUCAACAUCCGGCGUGGCGCAUACAUCACCAUCGCCCUCUCCAUAGCCUGUAACCCAUGGAAACUCGUCUCCACAGCCACCAUCUUCCUCAGUGUCCUGAGCAGCUAUGCCGUCUUCCUGGGCCCAAUGACGGGCCUCAUGAUCUCGGCCUGGUUCAUCGUUCACAAACAUAAGCUCAAGGUCGAAGACCUGUACACCGGUAACCGUACCAGCAUCUACUGGUUCAGCCACGGCUUCAACUGGCGUGCUUUCAUCGCAUGGAUAUGCGGAACCGUUCCAUCCCUGCCCGGCUUUAUUGCAACGGUCAACAUGGAUGUCCACGUCCCUAUCGGCUUCACUCGUAUCUACCAGCUCUGUUUCCUGGUGGGCUUCCUCAUCAGCGCGUUCGUAUAUAGCGGGCUACAUCUGCUUGUUCCCGACAAGAAGCUGCAGCAGUAUGUCUCAACUGCUGCUUCACCUGCCGAGUUGAUACGGGAUUACCGAGAUAGCCUCGACAAAGAGGAACCUCUUGCUGAGAACAAGGUUCUAUCGGAUGCAUAG